AGUCCACCACUUAAUCCCAAGAAGACAAAGGAAGCCUGUUAAGGAUGAGAGCUGUUUCUCUGCUGGUGCUGCUGUGCUGCAGUUUGUUGGAGGUACAGUCGGUCAGUGUGAAUGACAUCAUUCUGAGUCAUUAUGAAGGCAGAGGGAACCAGAUUCAGGCUGAGGAUCCCAGAACUGAACCUCCAGCCACAACCUCCACCCAACAAAGCUGCCAGCCGGACCUUCACUCUGUACUGAGAGAGAUGAGCGCUAUGCUGGCAGAGCUGAAAGUUGAGCAGAGACACACGACGACUGCAGUGAACACAUGGAGAGCAGACUGAGAGCCAGUGAGAGUCAAGUGGAGGAACUCAAGAGGAAGGUGGAGGAGGAGAGUCAGAUAAACCAAGUUGAGCAGGGACACACGACGACCGCAGUGAACAACAUAGAGAGCAGACUGAGAGCCAGUGAAAGUCAAGUGGAGGAACUGAGGAAGAAGACGGAAGCUCAAGCAGUGAAUCAGAGUGCCAUGGAGGCCAGAUUUGGGACUGAACUGGAGGAACUGAAAACAAAAAAUAACGACUUUGACAACCAAGUGGAGAAGCUGAAAAAGGAGAAUCAAGAGAGAAAAGUGGCGUUUUCAGCAUCUCUCUCAGGAGGUGAAGCUGGUCAUACUGGACCAUACAGCACUGGCAUUACUCUGGUCUACAAACACGUCUUCACCAACAUCGGCAACGCUUACAACCCAGUUACAGGGUUUUUCACUGCACCUGUGAGAGGAGUCUAUCACUUCAGAUUCUCCCUCCAUGGAGGCGCUGGAAGAUCUGCAACAGUGGAAUUACAUAAGAAUGGACAACACAUAGCUGGAACACAUGCUUAUCAACCCCAGGGCAACGUGAGUUCCUCUAAUGGAGUCUCACUGUUACUGGAAGUUGGAGACGUCGUCUGUCUGAAGGUCAGCGCUAACGCAUGGGUAUAUGAUGACUGGUUUCAUCAUAGCACCUUUAGUGGUCAAAUGCUGUUCUCCUUUUGAGCAGUUAAUCAUUGAAUGGACAAUGGAAAGAAACUCCAGAAAGCAAAAUGACCCAGCACGUAUUCAUUAUUAUGUAUUUUCCUGCUUGUCUUCUUUAUUUCUCAUUUUUUUUCUAAAUGGCAGCUAAUUUUGUAUUAGUAAUCCACUGUAAUCCUGUGUUGUUUGUAGCAUAACGAAAGGAAAAAAAAGAAAUUCUACUUAAAAAUGAAUUUACUUGUGUAACCAUUGUGAAUAUUAACAAGCUCUUAUAACCUACUUAUACACAUUAUUGAGUUUUGAGUAAUUUGAGUAUUUACUUUACUUAAAAACAAAAUUUAAACAGAAGAACAUUUAAUUACACCACAAAGGCAUUUGAUGCCAAUAACAUGUUCCAAAAAAAGUUGGGAUGGGGGCAACAAAAGGCUGGUAAAGUUGUGUAAUGCUAACCACCAGAACACCUGGUGGUUAAUUG